UCCUCCCGCACCUCCUCAUCCUCCCGUUCGUCGCUCCGUCAGUAUGAAGAACCUGGCUCUUGUACUCUUGUUGGUGGGCGUGGCUGCCGCCUUCCCCGGCCUCCGUCAGCGCCGUGACUCCUCAGCCCUCUACUUCGAACUGCCCUCCAACGCCUCCCUGGUUCUGGGCGGCAUCCAGACCGGCUUCGAGUGCGGCGACCUCCCAUACGGAUACUACGCCGACGAGGCCAACAACUGCGCCGUCUUCCACGUGUGUCUGCCCUACAUCGACAACGACCUCUACAUCACCCGCCACUUCUCCUUCAUGUGCGGCGCAGGCACCAUGUUCGACCAGGAGCGCCUCGUGUGCGACUUCCCCGAGAGCGCCCUUCCCUGCUCCGAGGCCGCCGCCUUCAGGAAGUCCAACGAGUACUUCGGCCGCUCUGAGAUUAACUUCCUCGAGUAAGUCAUGAUCCAGAGAGCCGGACUAGGUCUUCACACGAACGACGGAGCGACACAGGAAUUUCCGAUGACGACCCGGACCGUUGCACGACCACGAGAUCGAAUCUUAUACUAACAUUUAAAAGAACGAAGCGCAUUUAAGAUAUACACUUUCCCAUGUCAGCACUUUGUAUAAAACUGUUCAUUUUGUAAUAAAUAAGGAACAUUU